AUGCCGCCGCGCCACAGUAAUGCUCCACGUGUUCAUCUUUACCAGGAUCUCUGCCACGCGGCGAGUGCAGACGAGUCAACACUUCCAUUGCAACAUGGCGAGUUGGGUUUGUGGCCCGGGGUGCCGCCCUUCCCGCCGUUCUCCAGAUUCCGGCCACCGCAGCCGCCUACAUCCUCAUUUAGAUUCUCUGCUCUUCGACGCAGCUCACCAGUCUCUCCCCAUGGAACCUCCCAUCUCUGUCCGAUAUUCACUUCCGCUUCUUCAAGAACCCUAUACAGUUUUCUCCACUGCCGCCCUCUCUUCAUCUUUGGAAAACCACCUUUGCUCUUAGCAUCGGCGAAUGAAUCGAGCUCGACAGCCUCCUCAGCUAAGGGAUUCAAGUUUCAAGAAUGGGAUUCUCUGACUGCCAAGUUUGCUGGAGCCGCUAAUGUCCCGUUCCUUCUCCUCCAGCUCCCCCAAAUCAUUCUUAACUAUCGCAAUCUCUUAUCCGGAGACAAGAUCGCGCUCUUCGCCGUCCCUUGGCUGGGGAUGCUCACGGGCUUGUUGGGGAAUCUUUCAUUGUUGUCCUACUUUGCUAAGAAAAGGGAGACGGAGGCGGUAAUCGUCCAAACCCUAGGAGUUUUGUCGACUUACGUCGUCAUCGUGCAGCUUGCCAUGGCUGAGGCCAUGCCCCAGCUGCAGUUCGCGGCGACAUCUGUGGUGGUUGCUUCUGGUCUGGUCAUUAACUUUUUGAAUUACUUUGGUUGGAUUCAUAAAAGGGUUUGGAUGCUCUGGGAAGAUUUCAUUACAGUUGGAGGUCUCUCUGUUCUCCCUCAGGUGAUGUGGUCGACAUUUGUUCCUUUCGUUCCGAAUAGCAUGUUGCCUGGUAUCAUCUCCUUUGCAGUGGCCCUUGUCGCCGUUGUAUUGGCACGUGCUGGAAAACUAUCUGAUAAAGGAACAAAAUUUGUAAGGUCAACAUCUGGCUGGACUGCUACUCUGCUCUUCAUGUGGAUGCCUGUCGCACAAAUGUGGACCAACUAUCUGAAUCCGGAAAACAUCAGAGGCUUAUCAGCUUUCUCAAUGUUGCUUGCAAUGCUUGGAAAUGGCCUAUUGGUUCCACGUGCUCUAUUCAUCCGUGAUUUAAUGUGGUUCACUGGUUCAUCUUGGGGGUCCUUUCUGCAGGGGUGGGGAAAUCUGCUCUGCAUGUUCAUAUUUAACAGCAUUAGCAGGACAUUUUUUCUGGCUUCAACUCUUGGCUACUUUGCUUGGCUAGGAUGGACUUUUUGGAGGGAUUCAGUUGCUUAUGCGCACAACUCACCAAUGAAAUCUUUAAAAGAUCUAAUUUUCAGGCCAUGAAAGAAUUCUUGGUUUUUGAGCCUCUGCUGCUAUUUUCUGCUAGCAUUUCACACCUGCAGCAGCUGAAGGCCAUUCAACAGCAAUCUUUCACAAUUUGCAACGAUUGAUUUUAUUUUGGAGGCAUGUGGUUUCAUUUGAUUUCACGUGCUUACAAAAUGUAUUUUGGAAAAUGAGUUAUUAAAUGAUUGUAAUGUAAUGUUCUUCUGCCCAGAUGUGAUAUUAAUUUGUUACUUGCUCAUUGGCAUCU